CCCCCCCCCAACAUUUUCUCUCAUAGUGCGAGUGUGUGUGUCUAUCUCUAGAAUUUCUCUCUCAAGAACUAGACAGUUUGUAUGUCUUACUGAGCAAUGUAGAGUACGGCUUCUUUUUCCAACAAUGGCCAAGUGUCACACCAACAACAUAGGCUCUUUACUCCUCGACCACACCUCUACCACCGCCACCGCCACUGGAACCCACCAUUCCCGUCUAUGGACAGCCUUCUCCCGCAAAAUUUUUGAUGCUGUCAGCUGUGGUGGCAGCUCACGGUAUCGGCAUUAUGAAGAUGACAUUCCCUCCUUCACCACCAGCGCUACCAAUGCCACCGCUAGUGUUUCAAGAGAGAAACAGAACAAGACAACGCUUAGUGUUACUAAUAAUUCAAGAAAAGAAGAAAACGGGAAUCAGCAAAACUUGAAUGUUGAAGGAGAGAAAGGAAAAGUUAAAGCAAGAAAUGGGAAAUCAGAGAAGUUGUCAGAUCUGUUGAGUAUGGCGGAGGCGGAGAGUGAGAGUGAGACCAGGAAGAAAGUUGAGGUUCUAGAAGGGAUGAAAAGGGUUGUUAGAGAAUUGCAAGUUGAUGAAGGAGUGAAGAGAAGAGAAGCUGCAUGUAAUGUAAGGUUGUUGUGUAAAGAAGAUGGGAAAGCAAGAGUUACUCUUUCUAUGUUAGGAGCUAUUCCUCCUCUUGUUGGAAUGCUUGAUUUGGAGGACUUUGAGUGUCAAAUCGAUGCACUUUAUGCUUUGCUUAAUCUUGGGAUCGGAAAUGAUGUGAACAAAGCUGCCAUUGUUAAAGCAGGAGCUGUUCACAAGAUGCUAAAGAUCAUAGAAUCUCCAAAUGCUGCAAAUCCAUCUGUAUCUGAAGUGAUAGUGGCGAAUUUUCUUGGGUUGAGUGCAUUGGAUUCCAAUAAACCGAUCAUCGGCUCAUCGGGUGCAAUCCCCUUCUUGGUGAAUUCCCUCAAGGAUUUGGAUCACAAAAAUAGGUCCCAAGCACAACAAGAUGCUCUUAGAGCUCUGUACAAUCUUUCGAUAUCCCCAUCAAACAUCUCAUUUAUUCUAGAAACAGAUUUGAUCUCAUUUCUGAUGGGUUUGCUGGGAGACAUGGAAGUAAGUGAAAGAGUUCUUUCAAUUUUGAGCAAUGCAGUAUCAACCCCGGAAGGUAGAAAGGCAAUUAGCGCCAUGCCAGAUGCUUUCCCUAUUUUGGUUGAUGUCUUGAAUUGGACCGAUUCACCAGGUUGCCAAGAGAAGGCAUCUUACAUAUUGAUGGUGAUGGCACACAAAGCAUAUGGAGAUAGACAGGCCAUGAUUGAGGCAGGAAUCGUAUCAUCCUUGCUUGAAUUAACGCUUUUGGGUAGUACGUUGGCGCAGAAGAGGGCGUCAAGGAUCUUGGAAUGUUUGAGGGUUGAUAAAGGGAAACAAGUUUCGGGGAAUUAUGGUGGCAAUAUGGGUGCAGCAGUAUCUGCUCCUAUUUAUGGAACUCCAUCAUCUUCUUCAAACCCCAACCUCGUUUCAAAGGAGUGUCUAGAGGAGACAGAAGAUAUGAUGAGCGAGGAAAAGAAAGCUGUGAAACAAUUAGUCCAGCAGAGUUUGCAGAACAAUAUGAGGAGAAUCGUCAAGAGGGCCAAUUUGCCGCAAGAUUUUGUUCCAUCAGAACAUUUCAAGUCCCUCACAUCAAGUUCAACCUCCAAGAGUUUACCAUUUUGAGGACAUUGGAUCAAUCACUAAAGGAUUGAAGAGGAGCAACUUGAAGCCAGCAGAGGAAGAAGAAUCUGAGAUUAGCUGUACUGCGUGUAGCAGCUGUGCAACUUUGCUCCCCACAAGGUUCAUAUUUUACAUCAUAUUGCAUGGUGGGGUAUGGUCAUUUUGUAAUCUUUUAUGCUAUACCUUAUCAUUUCCCUGUCCUGCAGCUUUUCUUGUUGGCCUGCUUUGUUGUAAAUAUAUUCUGCUGUAAUAUUAGCACUUAUCUGUACAAUCUUGGAUAACUUCUUCUAUGUAUGCAAGUACUCCACAGC